AGAGCCAAAAACAGAAAUGAAGACCCUGAGAUGGGCAAUUUCACAGUUUGCUUCAGUGGAGAGGAUUGUAGGAGAAGAUAAAUAUUUCUGUGAAAACUGCCAUCAUUAUACUGAAGCUGAACGAAGUCUUUUGUUUGACAAAAUGCCUGAAGUUAUAACUAUUCAUUUGAAGUGCUUUGCUGCUAGUGGCUUGGAGUUUGAUUGUUAUGGCGGUGGACUUUCCAAGAUCAACACUCCUUUACUGACACCUCUUAAAUUGUCACUAGAAGAAUGGAGUAUAAAGCCAACUAAUGACAGCUAUGGAUUAUUUGCAGUUGUGAUGCAUAGUGGUAUUACCAUUAGUAGUGGGCAUUACACUGCUUCUGUUAAAGUUACUGAUCUUAACAGUUUAGAAAUAGAUAAGGAAAAUUUUGUGGUUGACCAAAUGUGUGAAAUAGGUAAGCCAGAACCAUUGAAUGAGGAAGAAGCAAGGGAUGUGGUUGAAAAUUACGAUGAAGAAGUAUCGAUUAGAGUCGGAAACACACAGCCAAGUAAAGUUUUGAGCAAAAAAAAUGUAGAAGCUAUUGGACUUCUUGGAGGACAGAAGAGCAAAGCAGAUUAUGAGCUACACAACAAAGCAUCUAAUCCUGAUAAGGUUGCCAGUACAGCAUUUGCUGAAAAUAGAAAUUCUGAGACUAAUAGUACUAAUGGGACCCAUGAAUCUGAUAGAAACAAGGAAUCCCGUGACCAUGUGGGCAUUAAUAUUAGUGGAUUUGAGAACAAAAUUUCGUAUGUAGUGCAGAGCUUAAAGGAGUAUGAGGGGAAGUGGUUGCUUUUUGAUGAUUCUGAAGUGAAAGUUACUGAAGAGAAGGACUUUUUGAAUUCUCUUUCCCCUUCUACAUCUCCUACAUCUACUCCUUACUUGCUAUUUUAUAAGAAAUUAUAGAGUUGAUGUAUUUUCCUUGUGUAUAUAUUAAAACAGGCCUGGACAAAAAUUGGUAAGGUUCAUUACAUCAAAGAGUUUUUAGCUUAUCUUUUGAAGCUACUGUGUAUUAUUGGUCUCUCUAGGUUUUUAUAUCAAUAGUAAAAUUUGAAUUAUUGAAAACCAUGUUAUUAGAAUUCAUUUUCCUUAGUAGAGACUAGUGAUGCAUUAGCUUCUGGGAAUAAACUUGUAUAGGUUCUUAAUUGAAUUAUCCCAAAUGGAAGCAUUUAAACACUUUUGAAUUUACACUCAUCUUUUGUUUUCUUUUUAAAAUAAAGUGCUUGUAUUUGUAUUCUCCAUAUUUUGGAGUAAUUAUCUACAUGAUGUUUAUAGGUCUUGUGGUUUUUCACUUAAAAAGCAGAGUCUCAUUCAGUACAUUUAGUUUUAUAACAGUCUUGAAGCCAAAUCUUUGGGCUGUAUCAGUGGCACAAAGUCUAGAAUGUGUGUAUUCACAGUGGUGUACAUUUUGUGCCUUGAGUCACUUUAAGUGUCUCAGAAAACCUGGACAGUCCCCUUCUGUCUUCACAAGAAUUUUAUAUGUAUUUAUGAAUAUGAUUCUCUAGUAAAUUUGGGGGCAUGGACUAAUUUGUAUCUCUUCAUACUUAUUCUGCACGAUCUGUAUAUAAUACAUCAAACUUAGAGGUGUGACCUUAAAUUUAACUUUUUUUAAAAAAAACUGGGAGGUCAAUAAAAUUUAAACUGCUUAAAAACUAUGUAUACAAAUGCUUGAAUUUUUUAACUUGCAUAUUUUUAUCAUAAAUACAGCUCUUUUAAGGAACAGAAUAAGGGUAUAAAUAUAGAAGAGAAUAAACAUGCACAAUUACCUUUAAUAAAACUCAAUUUUUUUUGGCAGUGAAGGUGAAGAAUUUUUCACAGAGAUGAAAACGCGUAGUCCAUCCAAGAGGUUUACAAUAAUUGUCGCCUCUAGUUGUCCUUUAAAGUAGACAUAUAAUUUAAUGGAUUCCAGAAUUGGAGUACUUAAGAUGAUGCUUUGGGCACACAUAAAAACUUGGUUAAAUUUUCAUUUUAAGUAUAGUAAACUAAACUGGUAAAUGAUCAUUUAUGACACAUUAAAGAACAUUCUUGGUAUUAAGAGUUUUUCUUAAAAAUGGCUCUAAAAAAUGUAUACAUGCUAUUGGAAUAACAUUGUUAUACCACAUUUCAACAAAUAAAGAGUACCUUGUCUAA